CUCGGUGAAACGUUAAAGACAUGUACUACACUCGUUUUGGUUUUCGUGUGUUGUGCAGAAAAAAUUUAUCACAGCGGUCGCAUGGCGUCAAAGGAGAAGCUCUCUUUCGGCGAAAAGCGAGUCGUCAAGGCCGGCUCCGACAGGGAUCCGCUCAUCUUGGUGCACGGUAACCUGAUGAUCUUGGCUUGGCUCUACCUCGUGAGCCUCGCCAUACUGAUUGCGCGCAACUUUAAGCCAUCCUGGGAGGGCUCGCUCAUCUUGGGAGACAAAGUCUGGUUCUUCCUCCACCGAGGCUUGAUGGCGACCGCUGUAGUAACUAUGCUGACAAGCGUGGCGGUUAUAUUCUACACCAUAGGGGGAUGGAGCUUUAGCGGGAACCUGCACCCGAUUCUGGGAGUAACAGCGGUGACCCUCGGAGUCUGCCAGCCAAUCAUGGCGCUGUUCCGUUGCCACCCGGAAGAACCGAACCGGUACAUCUUCAACUGGAUGCACUGGGGCAAUGGCAACAUGGCGCAGCUCUUCGCUGUGACAACCAUCGUCUUCGCCACUGGCCUGAAGAAAGCGAACCUCGGUGGCUCCAAGUGGUUCCUCCCCAUCCUGGCACUGUUCAUCACCUUCUAUGUCGUCGUGCAAGUGGUGUUGCAGAUACAGAGGUCGAGGAUGCAGUCUUCGACCUUGCCAGGAGCUCCACCGGUUGUCGGGGUCGACGCGCCGUUAAAGCCGGACAAUCCAGCGCCUGCGGCCGGCGCAAUGUCAGCGGCUGGGGCGUCCAAACCAGCGCCUGUGGCCGGCGCAAUGUCCCCGGCAUCGAAACCAGCGUCUGCCGCGGCUUCUCCGGUUCAGGCCCCUGCUCCUCCAGCCCCUGCGGAGCCCAAGAAGGAAGCGGGUAUGGAACCACCGGCGCCUGGCGGAGCUCCCUUGACACGAACUGCACCCCCCCAGGUGAUCCCUCCGGCUAGUCUCGGACCAGCGCCGCAAGGGACAGUGGUGGCAGGCCAAGAACAGGAAGGCGAGGGCUUCCGGAAGGCACUGCUGGCCAUGUACGCCGUCGUGUCUCUGGUGUUCGCCGGCAUCCUGUGCGGCAUCGUGUGCACCUCGGCUCCGAAGUGAAGCGACGCCUGGUGGAGGCCCCCAUGCACCACCCGCUGACGGCAGGCUUCCUGGACGUCUGAAUAAACGGGCAUCCGGACACGUACUCAAUUGCACUCGAAUUACAACACAUCUCCACGCUUCUGCAAGCACACCUGCAAGACUUUCUGGUUUCGCCACACUUUAUUAGUUUAGCUUUUAGGUUUCUUAUCCUAAAUGUUCACGAUGAUGACGAUAAACCGUGUGUUGUUC